AUGCGGCGGUUCGCAAAGUACAAUAUUCCCGUGGAUAUUUUUACCAACGAAAAGCUUAGGAUAUUGGUAAAGCCGUAUAUUGUUGAGUAUAUUAAAACCCGGCAGAAUUUCUUUAGGCUGGCGUGCAAGUCUGUGCUGUUCAUUGACCUGCCUUUCUUGUUUGAGUGCGGAUUAGAAGAGUACUUUACACACACUAUUGUAGUAACAUGCGGCCCAAAAACCCAGGAAGAAAGAAUUCACAAAAAGUACAGCACGGCUUUAAGCAAAGCAGAGAAAUACGAUGAGUCUAGAACAAUCCACCAAAUAAUGGAAGUUGUAGAGACUGAAAUGAACAUGGCAGAAAAGAGAAAGAAGUGUACAUAUGUUAUAGACAAUAAUAAAGGAGUAGAAAACACUUAUAGCCAGCUGGACAGCCUCCUGUAUAAAUACUAUAAGUACUCUGGAUUCUACAUAGCCAUUAUAUGUAUAUCUAUAGCUGCAAUAGUACUUCCUGUUCUAAUUAAGUACAAGGAAAAAGCAAGCGAAAUCAGCAAAGCAAUAAACCCACUCAUAGAAAAAAUAAAAGCAAGAAUUACAAAAUAUGGCUGGUGAGAUAGAUUAUCUGUCCUUUAAAUAAAGAACUAACU